CGGUACACAGGCUAGAGGAAGGUUGAAUCAUGAUGGCAUGUAAGCAAAGAAGAGACAAAAAAUAAUAACAAAAACAUGACAAACUCAGCUCCAGUGUACCAGAGGGCUUCCUUCGGGUGCCGUCGACGUUUAGGAUGAAGCGUAGCGAGGAAAAUUGUGUCUCAUUGUCUUUCUACCUGGCCUAGCUGUGGUGCAGCACCAGCGACCCACACCCUUGGUCCUCGGCUUAGCUUACCUGCGUCGCCAGAGGAUAUUUAUGUUAGUUCGACAGCGGCGCAAGGCUCAGUGUUUCGUGCAACCUGUGCGCAGUGUGUUCUUCUGCUCCUACCGUAAGGAUCCUCCUGCCUGUUAGUGAAACGUGCCAGUGCCAGUACCUCUAGCGUGCUCAACCAAAGCGUGUGUGUAACAGAGUUUUUGACAUUUUGCAACCAUGAAAUCGGCACUACUGCUCGGUACUGCAUUUCUGGUGCUGAUACUGGUGCUUGUGAUACCGGAAACGUACGGCAAUGUGCACGAUUUCGAUGGAAAUGAGCUGCACACGCCACCGUACGAUCGGCGUCGUCCAACAGGCCGCGAACAGGCCCCGGUUGGGCGUGGGUUUACCGACAGUGCCCGCGAUAUUCUGGCCAGCCCGGCCGGUCAGCUAGCAGCGUACGUUGCCAAAGAGAUGAUCAGCCGCUCGGCGGGCAAUAGUCAGGUGCUCAGCUUGAACUUGACGAAUCUGCUGAUUCUGUUUCUACUGAAGGCGCUCAUCUUUGCCGCUGGUCUGAUCGGUGCCGGCAACUGGAGCCAGUAUGCGCGAGGCCGCAGCGAAGAAGGUGCUGGCAGUGGAGGCUUUUUGCUGCCAGGUGAAGCGAACCUCAUCAUCGGCUAUCUGGCGGCGGAAGGUUCCGGCCAGGACGGGUGCCUGAUGCGUUCGGCCUGCCGGGCGCCUCGCACCGCCGACGAGUACGCCCGGGCGGCCCAUGCCCUCGUCAAGGGAGCGGAAAUGUUCAGCCCGGAGGUGGCGGAAAACUACAACUACAAGCGCCUGCUGACCAGCCUGGACCGGGCGGCCAUGGAGGGGCUGCAGGGAGCGCCGUGCGAAAUGAUUUAUCCCUGUCAUAUUUGAGCCCGCCGAUCGAUCGCGGCCUCUGCCACCUUAGAUAAGUGUUUAGAGCUGUGCCGAGUCGGAUCAGCAGUUUAGCUGACAGUGACGUUUUGAUGAAUGAAAACCACCCUCUUUUACAUAUAAAUAAAAUACAUAAACUGAGCAGUGCACGUUUUAAGUGGAAUGAUGCAAAACAACAGCAACAAA